UACAUGCACUACCAAGCUGCCAUGGCCGCUGCCUCCACAACACCCCUGGUGCCCACCGUGGCCACGUCUCUGCCCGUCGCACCGCACCAAGCCGCGGUGCCCGCUGGGCUGCCCAAUCAAGCGCCCAUCGACAACUUACCAGCCAAUCAGAACGCCGCGGAUCCCGCAUUCAUCAAUCCGGAGGGAGCCAAUCAGAACCUGCGCAUGAACGCGCAGGGCGGGCCCGUGGUGGAGGAUGAGGAGGAGAUGGAGCGCGAUUGGCUGGACUGGGUGUACACGGCCGCCCGUCUCGGCGUGUUCCUCAGCAUCGUCUACUUCUACUCCAGCCUCAGCCGCUUCAUCCUCGUCAUGAGCAGCCUGCUCCUCAUGUACCUACACACUGCUGGUUGGUUCCCCUUUCGCCGGAGGCCCGUGGUCAGGGCUCCGCACGAGCCCGCCCCAGAGGUCAUCCAGAACCAGCAGAACCUGAACAACCAGAAUCAGCACGACGAGCCGGCGGAAGCCCCACCUGCAGGAGAGGGUCCGGAGGCGGCAGCAGAAGCAGCAGUAGGCCCAGAAGGGGAGGCUCCCCACCCCCUCACCCCAGUCCUGGUGCCCCCACACCGGGUAUCCGUCGUCUGGACUGCCUGGCUCUUCUUCAAGUCCUUCUUCGCCUCCCUCAUCCCAGAGGUGCCCCAAGGAGUGCAAUAGACACCCCCCUCCCCUCUCCUGUCGGACAUACGGACCGGACAACUCAAGAUGGGCCGCAGAAGAAAGAAGAAAGCGCUAUUGGGGUGUCGGUGGUGCUUGAUAUGUCGCAUGAGGCUGGUGUCAGGUGCUCACCACAUUCCUGAAUACGAGGGCGUUUUUUUUCCGGGGAUUAAGACAAGACCUCAUGUUUUCUCUGUGCUCAUUGAUGAUGAUGAUGAUGAUGAUGAUGAUUAUGUCUUUUCCUGAUGGCGCACUUUGAAGACUUUUUCGUUUCGGUUUUGUGACCAAAAACCUAAACCAACACAAACUUGAGGUUCAAAGAUAUUCCAAGUUCUUCCUACUCAUUUUGCCAAACUGUAGAUAAACUGUACAUAAGCUGUAAACAUGUAAAUACAUCUGUACAGAGUAGCCACAGCACUUUAGAUAACUUCUCCAAAGUUCGGACGCGUGGAGCUAAGCUGGUAUUGAAUUUGGAAGUCGUCUUAUGCAAGCCUCUUGUCAACAGAGUUUCAUUUUGUGGGAGGCCACUAAGCUGCAGCUAUCCAAGGUUGUAUCGAAGUGCAGAUCAGAUCUCACCUGCUUCAGAUUCCUCACAACUUGAAAGGACAUUGACAGAAUGAGUACUAUCAAUUCAAUCUCCCCCAUCAGUUUUUCUGUCUGUCUCUAGGGAAGUCCAAAGCGAGUAUAGUUGAUUGGGUUUUCUGAAAGCCGAAGGAUGCAAAUCAGUAUUUGCAUUCUGCUUGAAAUGUUCA